UUGGGGGCGGGUUAUCUGGUCGCUUCAUUUCCUGCUCGCCCGCGGCCCACACUGGCCCCUUCCCUAAAGUCCGACUACCGUCACACACGCUCCGAGGAAACCUGCUGCUGAGACUAUAAGCAACAAGCUGAACACACAGUGUCUCUUCCGCAGUGUGGACGGUGCAUUGAUUUGGAGAGGGAUUGAUCAUCAAGUGGUUCGUCCUGUCCGCAGUAGUGCGAGUUGGUACAGUCUCCUCCACGUCAUUCCCUGGGGAAGAAGCCGACAUCGCACCCGAUAAGAAGCAGAAGUGUGAGGCAGGAAGAUGUCGACAGCGUUUAAGGACGACCAGGGAGACUGGCUGACCGUGUGUUUGAAGUACCUGCUCUUUGUCUUCAACUUCCUGUUCUGGGUGGGCGGGGCCGCCGUGCUGGGCGUGGGCGUGUGGACGCUGGUGGAGAAGAGCGACUACCUGAGCCUGCUGGCCUCCAGCACCUUCGCGGUGUCGGCCUACAUCCUGAUCCUGGCCGGCAGCCUGGUGGUGGUGACCGGCUUCGUGGGCUGCUGCGCUGUCAUCCGCGAGCAGAAGAGCUGCCUGUCCACGUAUUUCUCCUGCCUGCUGGUGAUCUUCUUGAUAGAGCUGGUGGCUGGCGUCCUGGCCUACGUCUACUACCAAAGGCUCAGUGAUGAGCUGAAGCAGCACCUGAACCAGACCAUGUCUGAGAACUACGCCCAGCCGGGGGCGGAGGCCAUCACGCUGGCCGUGGACCGGCUGCAGCAGGACUUCAAGUGCUGCGGCAGCAACAACUCGGGCGACUGGCUGCAGAGCGUGUACAUCGAGUCGCCCCAGUCGCAGGACCGGCUGGUUCCAGACAGCUGCUGCAAGACUAUCACCCCCCUCUGUGGCCUCCGAGACCACCCCUCCAACAUCUACAAGGUGGAGGGCGGAUGCAUCACCAAGCUGGAGCAGUUCCUGGCGGACCACCUACUGGUCAUCGGGGCUGUGGGAAUAGGCGUGGCCUGUCUGCAGAUCUGUGGGAUGGUGUUUACCUGCUGCUUGUAUCGGAGGAUCAAGAUAGACCCUUACUGAUCCCCCCCCCCGGGGGCGGGGCCUGUACGAAGUCCAAGGGGCGGGACCUGUACUGAGUCCCGGGGGCGGGACCUGUGAGUUUCACUGCGGUGAUUGGCCGAUCACAGAAGGAAACCCAAAAACCAAAAAUGACAAACUUUUCAAACUUCCGCUCUUAGUCCCCCCGACACGGGCGCGCCGUCGUAGUCGAAUUAGAAGUCGCCGUUGACCAAUGUGCCUGAUGUUCAAUGCCCAAUCCAUAAGUCAUUAAUUGCAGGAAAUGUUAUUUUUUGUCAAGCACAUGGGUAGCUAUGCUUGGUAGCAUGCCUAGAAGGAUAGAAGGACGGAUGUGUCCCUUGAAGUGUGUGCGCUACGACUACUGUUGAUUUUGCAAUGUGCCUUAUUCGCCUGGCGGCCAUCUUGGCUCCAGCUUGCUUCUAAACGUUUUGAAGGAAGAUGGAGCCAAGAUGGCGGCUCGUUGAAUAAGGCCCGUAACGUAUACUGUGGACAUGAAGGUCAAUGCAAAGCUAUCUAACGCAAACGUAAAGUAUCUAACAUUAGAUACAUGUUAAACAAGAACACUUUGUUUCUGCUAGUGAAGUAAGACAGCUGUCCCGCGUAUAAUCACAUUGUGCCUGUGUUAAAACCAUCACUUUUGAUAAUGCCUUAAAUCACUAGCAAUCAAACGGUGCGGAAAUUAAAUGGUUUUACU